AUGGCAGUCAGUCCUCCUCCUGAGUAUUCCACUCCUGAUGGAGCUCUGACUUAACGGACAUUUACUGAAUAUUAAGUGUGGUUGGAGGUGGUAAAAGAGCAAACCUGUGCCCUGGGGGCAGCAUUUCACUGCGUCUAGAGCCUGUAACUGAAAGUGUUUGCCCACAGCAGUACGCCAGUGGUUGGUCUUCAUCUGGGAGGUAUUUUAUCUUUUUUAUGCGUCUUUGUCAUUUAUUAAUUAAUGUAUUUAACUUUAAAAAAAGAAAGAAAAACAACUUGCACAUGAAAUGGCUCCGCCUACGCUGUAAACGCGACUGACCUAAACCACGUGACAGUACCCGGAAGCAGGACAGUGCGAGGAAGGAGUUGGAACUAUUUUUGUUUGUUUGUUUGACUGAAUUAUAUUCAAUGGACGCAAGCAGCGACAGUUUGAGACAACCUCGUGUACGGAUGCUACAAACUGCCACGCGAGAAAAGCUCAGAAAGUUUAACUCUCUGCGAGGUCGACAGGUGCAGAGUGAUGGUGAGUUUUGGGACGUGGUGGUUUUGACCGCUGCCGAUGAGAAUCAGAGAGAAGCGUAUGAGGUGCAGCUCCGUGGGAAAGUGGACAGAAGAGAACUUCCACUGGGAAUACACUACGAGGUCUUCUCCGACCCUCCGGGACCCAAGAUAGGGAAUGGAGGCUCCACUCUGUACGCUCUGCAGCAGCUGGACAGCAUGUAUGGAAACGCUCUGGGCAAAAUGAGAGUCAUCCUGAUCCAUGCAGGGGGCUUUAGUCAGCGUUUGCCCAGUGCCAGUGCUCUGGGAAAGAUCUUCACCGCCUUGCCACUGGGUGACCCUCUCUACCAAAUGCUGGAGCUCAAACUCGCCAUGUAUGUGGAUUUCCCAUCCCACAUGAAGCCUGGUGUACUGGUGACCUGUGCAGAUGACAUAGAGCUCUACAGCAUUGCAGAGGUUGAAAAUAUCAGCUUUGAUAGACCUGGUUUUACAGCUUUGGCUCACCCCUCACCACUGUCCAUAGGAACCACCCACGGGGUCUUUGUGUUGGACUCAUGUCAAAGGUCUUCUGACUUGGAUAUGGAGAACAGUUUGUGUUUGCGCUAUCUGCACAAACCGAGCAUCAACAAAAUGCAUGAAUAUGGUGCGGUUUGUAAGAGCCCGAGCGGUUCUUCCUCUCAGUCUGAUACUGAGUUUGUCUACACAGACAGCACCUAUUAUGCCGACUUUAAAACUGCAAAGAUGCUUCUUAAUCUACUGACAGAGUUGGGGUCUGUGCACUGUGAGAUAGAUGCAUACGGGGACUUUCUUCAAGCCCUGGGCCCCAAAGCUACGAUCGACUACACCAGCAACACCGCUAAUGUUACUAAAGAGGAGAGAGGGCUGGUUGAAAUCCGCCAAAAGAUCUUCCAUCAUCUACAGGGGACUCCCCUGAAUGUCAUUCUCCUCAAUAACUCUAGGUUUUAUCACGUCGGAACCACGUCAGAAUACCUCUUUCACCUGACAGAGGACACGGCACUGAGGAGUGAGCUGGGCCUCCUGUCGUCUGCCUUCAGCAUACACAUGGAUGAAAACUUUGGCUGCUGUGUGAUGUACUGCGUUCUUGAUCCCAGUUGCUCUGUGGGAGCUGGAUCAGUGGUGGAGUACUCCAGACUGGGAGCAGGUGUGACUGUAGGUAGGGGCUCCAUUGUCAGCAACUGUUGCAUCAGCCCAGGGCUUUCAGUGCCUGAUGCCGUCUUUAUGCAUUCUCUGAGUGUGAACCACCAGGACAGAACCGGGUUUGUAACUGUCACCUUUGGGAUUAAUGACAACCUGAAGCUCAGUGUGGAGAGUCCUGCCGACAUGGAGAAGCUGAAGCUAUUUGGGUUCAGCUUGGAAAAAUGUUGCUCCUACUGGGGGAUGGAGAAGGAAGUCCUGAGCUUCUGUGGUGACUCGCCCAGCUGUAGUUUGUGGAACGCUCGCCUGUUUCCCGUUUGCGCCGAUCAGCAAAGCUCGUUCUCGUCGUCUCUGAAGAUGCUACAGGCCGUUCUGAGUGGCUCCAUGUUCACGCUCCCCAAAGACACAGAGCUGAUGUCGAUGCAGCAGUGUUUACAGCGUAAGAACCUGGAGGAGAUGUUGAUGUUCAGGAUGGGCCUUUACCGUGACAUCACACAGAGAAGAUCAACCAGCUGAAGCUGCUGACGCUGCUUCAUUUACUUUAUAUGUAAAAAAAAAAUGAUUUGAUCAUUACUUUGAUCAAAGUCAUGGAUUUCUGGAGGAUUGAAAAAUGCGGAGUAGUGGCGAAAGUACACUCAAUUCCUAAGCCACUGAAUAGUUGUUAGCUGUAAGCAUGUUCCAAUCAGCUUGACUCGUAGGUGCUGUUUUAAUUCAUCAAUCACGAAGGCGUUGUGUGAAGGAUUUGCACAUUUAUUUCCACUUGCCGUACAUCCACGUUACAUUUCUAUCCUCAUGUAUCCAAGCUUCUCGAGGAUCAACGACACAUAGAAACAUUCCCUUGAUGUUCCAGGUUGUGAAUAACGAUCUAUAGGUUCCAACAGUAAGACAACGCAACCUAAUGUCCUUGUUACACCAAAACUUAAUACAGCUUCUAAAACGGACACAUCCAUCAGACUGCUAGAUAUUUUUCAGUACAUAUCUUCCAAUCCCUUUAUCUAUCAUAGCCGUCAAAGAUAUCAAAGUGUCCGUGGUACCUUUUAUCCAACAGUUAACAACUUCAGCUGAUCAUAAAUCACAUUGUAACAAGUGAUCUUGCACCGACCACCCGACCUAAGUUAAAUAAGCAGAAUGAAAAAAAAUGUGUUUUUACACAGCAAAGUUACAAAUUAUGCUUUUAAAUGCUAUGUUGGAAAUGAAGGGAUCAGUGAUUUGCUUUUGUUUUUGCUUGAUUUGGUUUGCGUUAGUCUCUAAAUGCAUACUUUGUUUUGUCAGCCGCUUAAAGCAGUUUGAAUUGCACUUUAUUUAUUUUAAAAUGCUAUAAAUAACAUUUUAUUGAUUGAUUUCAAUUAUAUUACUUGCAUCAAUCUUACUUCUGCUAGCGACUUUGUUUUUGGUGUCAUGGGGUGGUAUGUGACACAAGGAAGAAUCCAUUCAAAUUUGCAACAGGUUUACAAUAGAUAAACAGGGUCAUUUUUGUGAAUUUAUCAGUAACCAAUGCAGAGACCA